UGAACAUUAUUUUCUUGACGCGAGACAGCCUCAAAUUCCACGCAAAAAUCCAGAAGCCAUUUCUCCGAAUCUCAUAACAAUGGCGGCGGAGCUGGUGCCAAACAAGAAGGUUAUCUUCAAGAACUACAUCACCGGGUUCGUCAAAGAGACGGACAUGGAGCUCAUCACCUCCGACACCAUCCAAUUGAAGCUUCCCGAGGGAUCGCCGGGGAUGAUCGUCAAGAAUCUUUACCUCUCCUGCGAUCCUUACAUGCGGAGCUGCAUGUCCAAGCACGAUGAACCCAACUACGUUACCGAAUUCGCCGCCGGCUCGGUAAUCACUGGUUUAGGUGUGAGCAAAGUAGUGUAUUCUGGGCAUACAGAUUUCAGUGUGGGGGACUUUGUUUACGGAAUGACAGGAUGGGAAGAAUACAGUGUCAUAACAAAUCCUGAAAGCUUUUCUAAGAUCAAAGACACUGAUGUUCCCCUUUCUUAUUACACUGGUAUUCUAGGCAUGCCAGGAUUUACAGCAUAUAUUGGAUUUUAUGAGAUUUGUGCUCCAAAACAAGGGGAAUAUGUUUUUGUAUCAGCAGCAUCAGGUGCUGUUGGUCAGCUUGUUGGCCAAUUUGCCAAAUUAAUGGGUUGUUAUGUGGUUGGUAGUGCUGGCUCUGAUGAAAAGGUUGACUUACUCAAGAACAAGUUUGAUUUUGAUGAGGCUUUUAACUAUAAAAAGGAACCUGACUUUAAUGCAGCUUUGAAGAGGUACUUCCCGGAAGGCAUUGACAUCUACUUCGACAAUGUUGGCGGUGCAAUUCUCGACGCCGUGCUACUGAACAUGAGACCCCACGGCAGGAUUUCUGCUUGCGGGAUGAUUUCUCAGUACAAUCUUGAAAAACCCGAGGGUGUGCACAACUUAAUGCACAUUAUCGCGAAUCGAAUCCGAUGUAAGGGAUUCCUGAUUCUUGAUUACUACCAUCUAUACUUAGAAUUUGUAGAAAAAAUCAUACCAGAUAUCAGACAAGACGAGAUCAAAUAUGUUGAAGAUAAAGUUGAAGGACUAGAGAAUGGGCCGGCAGCGCUAAUUAGUCUGUUUAAAGGUCUGAAUGUCGGCAAAAAAUUGGUUGUGAUUGCUCAUGAGUAGACAAGUCUGAUAUCCCUUCACAAACUUAUUGAGAAUGGAGAAAUUAUAUAACCAUAUAUAUAUUUAUGAAGAUGAGUGAUUAGGACGCUAAGAAAGACAUGGUGUAUACAAGAUUGAAGAUAUGGAGAAUACCCCUGGUGCUUUCACUACACUAUUUACAUGAAAAAAUUAAUGUUGGGAAACAAUUGACUAAUUGAUUUAUAAUAAACACGAAGAUGUAUUAUCAAAUCAAUAUGUCAUUGUCAUCUUUCCUUUAAUUUUAAAUAAAUAACUA